GUUGCGCAACAUAUCCCGCCAAAGCCAACACGUUCAUAACGUGACCCACUGCUCAAGGAAUAGCCAUGGCGGACUUGUCGAGCGUGUCUAUUUGGAUUAAAGUGUGUCUGGUUCUCGUCCCUUUGGGCGGACUAUUUCAUCUGAUAGGUUUUGCAUCACCAUAUUGGAUCUCAUCGGUUCUGGGAUACAGCGGAAUCUGGCGAUUCUGUGAUAAGCGUGGUAUUUUAGUCUGCUUUGAAUAUCUGGAUAUUCCUUUGCAAGGCUGGCUACGCGCGACGCAGUUUUUUGAGACAGCCGGGUUGAUCGCCAUUGCAGCUGCAAUCACCCUUUUAUUCCUGUCUAUCUUCGUGCAGGCGUUAAAGGACAAGAAGAUCGUCACCAUCAUCAACGCCUUAGCAUGUUUCGCUGCUUCGGGAUCAAUCAUCAUCGGCGCCAUCAUCUAUGGCAGUCAGGAGGGGGUUGCACAAUACCUCAGCUGGGCGUUCGCGCUGUGCAUUGUGGGAGGAAUACUGGAGGGUGUGGCAGGCGCACUUAUCAUAGUGGGAACGUUCGUUAUCAGAAGAACAUAAAUAAUUAGUCUAGCCGAAGCAGUGUAUGAUAUCAGAAUUUGGUGUACAUUUAAUUUUGAAGGAGCUUUUCUAAAAUAUUAUAGAGAGGAAAUUUGUUUUACUUUGUGAUACAGGAUAUUUGGACGGAAUAAUGCGUUAUUUGGAAUGCAGACAGUCCACUUGAGAUACACGCGAUUUGAUAACCUAUUUCCCAUCCGUUAACAAAUGAUCUGUUGCAUCCUGUAAAAUUCUCAGAGGACAAGUACUGCACCCAGUGGUAAAUAUGGAAUAUUUUUUGGUUGACUUUGGCAAAUCGAAGCCGUGCAUCCGACACAACAUGAUAUUCUAACAGAGAAUUAUCUUCAGAAAUUGUCUGGUUGUUGUAGAAUUUAGGGCGAGUUUGGACCCCAAAAAUGUUUCAUGUAUACACCCCUCAAGAAAGAAUAGUUGUAUUUUGAUUAAAGUUAUAUUUUGGUGUAAA